CGUCCCUUUAGAUGUUUGAUGUGUGGGAAAACAUUUAUUAAACUACACAAUGUAAAGUAUCAUUUGUUGACACAUUCUGCUAAGUGUCCUUAUAAGUGCAAUACAUGUGGAAAAUCAUUCAGAUCCAAGGACCAUAUGAAGGUUCAUACAUUAGAUCACACAGGAGAGCGACCUCAUAAGUGUAGUAUAUGUGGAAAAUCCUUCAAAACUAGGAACCAUAUGAAAAUUCAUACAGUGGUUCACACGGAAGAGCGACCUCAUAAGUGUACUAUAUGUGGAAAAUCCUUCAAAACCAGGAGGAUUAUGAAGAUGCAUACAUUGAUUCACGCCGGAGAGCGACCUCAUAAGUGUGCUAUAUGUGGAAAAUCCUUUACAACCACUACUCAAAUAAGGAAUCAUAUGUUGGUUCACACUGGAGAGCGACCACAUAAGUGUACUAUAUGUGGAAAAUCAUUCACAACUAGGAACAAUAUGAAAAUUCAUACGUUGGUUCACACGGAAGAGCGACCUUAUAAGUGUACUAUAUGUGGAAAAUCCUUCAAAACUAGGAACCAUAUGAAAAUUCAUACAGUGAUUCACGCCAGAGAGCGACCUCAUAAGUGUGCUAUAUGUGGAAAAUCCUUUACAACCAUUACUCAAAUAAGGAAUCAUAUGUUGGUUCACACUGGAGAGCGACCACAUAAGUGUACUAUAUGUGGAAAAUCAUUCACAACUAGGAACAAUAUGAAAAUUCAUACGGUGGUUCACACGGAAGAGCGACCUUAUAAGUGUACUAUAUGUGGAAAAUCCUUCAAAACUAGGAACAAUAUGAAAACUCAUACAGUGGUUCACAUGGAAGAGCGACCUCAUAAGUGUAGUAUAUGUGGAAAAUCCUUAAAAACCAUGAGCGGUAUGAAGAUUCAUAUUGGAUCACACAGGAGAGCGACCUCAUAAAUGUGCUAUAUGUUGAAAAUCCUUUACAACCAUUAAUGUAAUAAGGAAUCAUAUGUUGGUUCACACAGGAGGGCAACCUCAUAAGUGUACUAUAUGUGGAAAACUCUUCUCAACUAAAACCGUAAUGAAGCGACAUUCAUUGAUUCACACUGGAGAGCGACCAUAAGCGUACUAUUUUGUGGAAAAUCCCUUAAAACCGAGGACAAUAUGAAGUCUCAUACAUUAAAAUGUCACGUCAAUUGUCAUUUUUGUUAUUUCUUAGUUUUAGUAUUAUCCUGUAUAUGACUUUAUGUCCUUUCAAAUGAUGUAAUGACAUGUAAUGAAUAGAUAAAUAAAAAAUAAAUAAACAAAACACACAGGAGAGCGACCCUAUAAGUGCACUAUAUAUUGAAAAUUGUUGCAAAUUAGAAGCAUUAUGAAGAAACAUACAUUAAUACCCUAUGGAUAGCGACCUUAAGUAUAAACUAUGUAGGAAAUCCUAUAAAAUUAACAAAAAUAUGAAGCAACAUACACCAGAGAGUGACCUCAGUGGAAAAUCCUUCUCUGCCUACUGGAAAAUAAAGAAACAUACAUUAUUAGUUCACACCAGAGAGAAACCUUAUAAGUGUUACUAUGUGCAGAAGGCACUUUGCAUGCCAAAGCUAUAUAAACAAACAUUCUUUGGUUCAUAUUAGAGUGAUCCAAAAGUGGAGUGCAUUCGGAAAAUUCUUCUAAACCAACAUCCCAUAUACGGAAAACCGUUGGGUGCAAUAUAUUUAAUUAAUCACGAAUCAUUGCUCAGCAUGGUGUUUUUCAAAAAUUGUUACAUGGAUCAUUGUAAAACAAGACAAUACCAUGCAUAUUAAUGUUGCAGAUCCUACUGACAGGAUUUUUUUCAAUUGGCACAAGACCACUUUCUUGAUUGUUUAAGUUUUAAAAAUGCUAAUUAAACUUAAAGAAUUUAUUAAAUUUAGUUGAUAAAAGGUGCAGGAAAAUCAUAGCAAUUGUAUGUUUUAACAGACUAAGAAUACAAAUUCCAUGUUGUUAUAAAGGAUGACUGAUAAUAAACCGGACGUUUUUAAAAUAAACAUAACUCAUUAAAUUUUGUGUCAAUUAUAACACUUAUGUUAGUAAACUUUUGCCAUUUAAGAAAACUAUUUACUAAACAUAGUAUGCUACACUUUUCAGAUAUCCUUUACUUUUUUUAGAAAAUAUCAAAUGUGGAGUCCAUUUUUAUUCAUGCUAAACUGUUCUAUUAGACGUCUAGGCAUUUUUACAGCCACCAAAAAUUGUUCCGCAACUUCCUGUUUAAUGGUGUCCUUUAAGAUCCAUUAGCGUUUUGGGUUCAUUAAGUGGAACACCUUGAUGAAAAAUUCAUACACACACAAAUCUCGUGACGUUGAGGCAACAGAAUACUAUCACGGAAACGUAAAAUAACCCUUCCUAGGAACCUAUUACACACUUCGGCUAUUGAAACUUGAGUGAGUAGUAUCAAUGGUCAAUGGUAGCAUGUACGGUGGAUCUUGUCUAUAAUAAACAAAUGUAUUUAUUGUAUGUAUUUUUUUAUCAAAUGUCUCACCUGUGGCCUAAAGAAGUACUUGAGCACAUUAACACUUACGUAUUUAAAGCCUGCCAAGGCUUUUCAAAAUGUAAAAUGUCAUAAUAGUUAUUUUUCAGCCAUACAGCUUCUUUUAGCCAAUUUCUCUAUAGGGAAGUAGCUAUUACCGUAGGUAGCACGGUAAGACCUAGACCCGGGACCGAUGUACUUUUAGUUUCUCCCCCUAUACAACUUUUUUGGGUUCAGGGUUCAGUGAAACCCAAAACGGAUAUAUUCUCUCAAACCUCAAUCUCGACAAUUUUGACUAAAACAAUACUUUUUCCAUAUAGUCUCCUAUGGUAUAGGGGCAGAAAGCAAAAAAAGUUCCUGCACUUUUGUGAUAGGCAUGGCAUUUCACACGUGUUCAUAAUAGGCAAACGUAAGGUGUUUACUGUCCAAUACUAUAUGGCUAAUAAAACGGCAUAAUAUGUACAGAAUUGAAUGACACACCUCCUUAGUGACAAUAACUAUCACACGCAGAGUAUUCGCUUAAAAAACAUCCAAUUUGUCAGUCACCCUAUACAAGGCUUGGUUGUAUCUAGGAUCUAGGAGGACUGUUUAUUUAUUUUGAUAAAUUGAAAUUACAUAGUUUUUUACAUACAUAUGACAACUGACAACUUAAAUACAAGGGUUCGUUUGUAAUCACAACCCAAAUAGUUACAACUAUCAUGAGACACUUUUUAACAACAAAACCUGGUCAUGUGGGUCUUCUUAACUUCAUUGCUGAUCAUCUAAUACGCAUCGUUCACUUUAUCUAUAAGGUUUAGUGUUAUUGAUCAUUUAUUGUAAACUAGCAGUUACGACACACUUUAUUAGUUUCCUUGUAGCAGCCUACCUAGGUACUCGUUAAUGUUAUUUGAAUAGAAAAUCAAUUCAGCCAAAUUGAAAUUCACUUAGACGGCUGUUUUACUGUGGUGGGGGUAUUAUAGAUACAGAUAAGAUGUACAGUAGGCCUAUUAUAGUUUUUUUUCACAUACUCAAGAAAACACCCAGUUGAGACUUAUUCACAAUGAAUUCCCAACAACACUAAAAUUCAUAGAUAACCAUGCAACAAUGCGUAUCAGAAGAUGGGCAAUAAAAUAUAUAGAAACAGGUAUACCAAAAUGUGAGUUUUUUUAGUCGUUAAACAGUGUCUUAUGGUCCUUGUAAUUUGGGUUGUGUUUAAAGGAAAACGCCCUGCAUGUAAAUGACCUGACCUGUCAGGGGUUCAGGGUACUUUCCACAGCUAUUUUCUUAUUAUUGUGUAUUGCCUUGAUCCAGAAAACCCAUUAAUGUUAAAAUGUAGCCUAGUCACUUUUUCUAUUUUAUUUACAUUUUCAUAAAUAUUUUAUUUUAUCGUGCUAAUUUGUCCCUACUCUUAGUACCAAGACUGGCUUUUACAGAAUUUCAGUAAAACUCUUUAUCUGUACAGGUUAUAAAAACGUAUGUAGUGUUGAUUUAUCAAAUGUCUGUACUGUACUAUAUUUCCAAUGAAAACUAGGGGCUUGUUCCCUUGUAGGGAUAUAAGUCCCUAAAAAGCUCAAAUUUAAUACAAAUUAUUGUAAUAUAAACUCAUAAUCAAAUUAUAUCUAACUAGCUGUAACCCACGGGCUUUGCCCCGUUUAACUUCUUAAUUUUCAAGAUUAUCUCGUUCGCAUGGCUCAAUCACGUCCUUGUUGAAGUUUGUUCGCUACGCUCACUCACCUUUAGGUUGGAGCUCGUUCGCUACGCUCACUCACCUUUAGGUUGGAGCUCGUUCGCUGCGCUCACUUGCCUU